AUGUCUCUCACAAAGUCUACUCACGCUGUCAAAAAACUCAAGCUCUUCAAGAAUGACAAAGAAUCUCAUUCGUCAUCAUGGGAGCUUCUUUCUCUAGUGGCUCACCAUCUAGACCCUAAAACCCUAGCUAUUGCUUCUUGUGUGUCCAAAUCAUGGUUGGAUUCCUUCUCCUCUGAGGAUAUUUGGCAGCCCAUAUGCUCUGCUGAAUACCCUUCUGCAUAUAGCCUUAAAGACAUAGGCCCGACUGUCCCUUAUCACCGCCUAUAUGCUAUUGCCUACACGGCGGCGUCCAAGCUCCAGUUGCGAAAGCCAGUAAAACCCGAUCUGUCACCCAAUGACCUCCUCUUCAUCAUCAAUGCAAAGACUAAAGAACCUUCCACUUUGUUCACCCUAUCUAAACCAUGCAAUGAAUUCGAGGUUGAUACUAAUGGGAUAUUUAAGUUCGCUAUCAACAUCGAUUUUGAGUCCUCGUUGAAAAAAGAAGGGAUAGAAGGUAUAACAGUCACAUGGAACAUUGUGUUAAAAGGUUGGAGAGGUAUAUUCAAUAUGAUGGACUAUUGCAAUGGAAAGGUUAGUUUUGUUCCUGAGGCAGAAGAGUUGUUUCCAAGGAGAUUCCAAGAGAAUAUUAGCGAUGAGGAUAGCAAGGAUGACAGCAAGUUUAUUAGAAAAGGAAAGUUGAGUGUGGCUAUGAUGAACACAAAAGAUUUGAGGUACCUAAGUAUGGAUGAUGCUUUGAGACAUUUGCAACACUUUUUGCUGCCCCCUGUGAUGCUUAAGAAGUGA